CUACUUAUGCAAAAGUAUACAUUUGUGGUUAGCACUUCAGGGCCACCCCAUAUCUAUACAACAGGACUUGCCUGGCCACACUGCAUGAUCCAAUCACAAUACUGACAAAACUGCUCCACUGUUUAUGACCACAAGAGGGCACUAGCAUUCAGUUGCUAGGAACCCCCUUCAACAGAAAAAACAUCAGAUAAUGCACACGUCACAUUGGUCACUAUGUACCAGUUACUCUUAUAAAACUCUGUUCCCUGCAAGACAAAUGUGUCCCCAAUGAUGAGCUGGAUUUGACAGGCCCCUCCAGCAUACAGCAUGUACAGUACGUAGCCUUUAAAAUACUUAUAGGGGUCUCUUGUAUAUUUUGGAUUAUAAAUAUAUUUAAUAACCUGUAAAAGUGAUCUGUGAACCCAAGGUCUCACUGAAGUGUUUGAAAAGGGGGAAGAGGGGGAAUGAUUCACGUGGCGUUAGCUUGGAUGGGGCCAGAAAAGGUCUGGAUGGAUAGGACCUUGAUGGCCACCAGGAAUCAAUACUCACUGUAAGGAAGAGGCUCUGAUGAAUGCACAUAAUGACGUUUCCUUACCAUCAUCAUCCUUGAUUCGGUUUCACUGGGACAAACAUCAGGUCUGGUUAACCCUGAACAGAAUAGUACCAUAGUGGAACAGGAAUGUUAAGGUUAGGGGAUCUGAAAAGAUCUAUCCGCCCUGUUUUCCACUUGGGCAUUGGUUUGCUGCUAAACUCAAGCAAUCCUUCCUGCUCUGUAUGUGUGGAGGUUAUCUGGUGUUCAUUUCACAUUGUGGCCUCCCUCUCAUCGUUUUAGUUGACAUUUUUAGCCUGGAUGUCUGUGCCCCACCCUGUGUUGUUUAACCCUGACAUGAUUCAAUUACAUUUGUGCUGUGGAAGAACAGUAGAGCUAAGCAGUCUACUUCGUAAGAGCUUCCCUCCUUCCUUACGCCAGUAAACAACCUCUGACAUUAACCUCUCCUAACAGCUACUUCCUGGCUGGACCAUUGGAUGGAUUGGCAGCCGCUGGGCGAUUGUUGCCAGGCGGAAGUGGUGCACUGUGACUUCCUGUUGAGAGCGCCGUGGGUGGAAUCUCCAAGGAACAGUGUGGGUCGGGAGAAUCUCGUUUCCACUGUGAACCACAUCUCCCCUCUGGCCUGACCCAGCAUCCAGCCCGUCACCAUGAACUACCUUCGCAGGCGUCUCUCGGACAGCAGCUUCGUAGCUAACCUCCCCAACGGCUACAUGAUGGACCUGCAGAGGCCGGCGCCCAGCCCCUCCACGCCCUCCUCCUCCACCUCCACCCCCGCCUCCCCAGCCACGGAGAGGCGACAGCCCCCGGUGGCACCAAGCCAGUCCCAGGCUCCUCCGGUGGCCUCCGGAGGGGGGGGGUUCCUCAGCUCCUUCUCCAGCGUGGUGAAGAGCGCCCAGAUGGCCCAGGGCGUUGCCGCGGCAGCGCAAGCCAAGUCAGCAGCCGCAGCCGCCGCCACCGCCGAGGGGGGGCCUGGAGGCACCGCCCCCCCGGCCCAGCCCCCGAAACCAGUCGUACGCAAACCCAAGAUCCUAUUGGUCGUAGACGACCCGCACACGGAAUGGGCCAAGUACUUUAGGGGGAAGAAGCUGAACGGGGAAUAUGAGAUCAGAGUGGAACAGGCGGAGUUUUCGGAGAUCAACCUUGCCUCCUACGUCAACACCGGCUGUAUGGUCGACAUGCAGGUCACCAAGGGAGGAACCAAAGUGGUCAGAUCCUUCAAGCCAGACUUUGUCCUGAUUCGCCAGCAUGCCUACAGCAUGACUCCGGGCGAGGACUACAGGAGCUUGGUGAUUGGCCUGCAGUUUGGGGGCGUGGCCAGCAUCAACACUCUGCUCUCCAUCUACAACUUCUGCAGCAAACCCUGGGUGUUCUCACACAUGAUAAAGCUCUACCAUUCCCUUGGCCCGGAGAAGUUCCCUCUCAACGAGCAAACCUUCUACCCCAAUCACACACAGAUGGCCACUGCACCAGCCUUUCCUGUGGUGGUCAAGAUGGGCCAUGCCUACGCUGGGAUGGGAAAGAUCAAAGUGGAGAACCAGGAAGACUUCCAGGACAUCACCAGCGUGGUGGCGCUGGCUAGGACCUACGCCACCUCCGAGCCCUUCGUCCAGUCCAAGUACGACAUCAGGAUCCAGAAGAUUGGCAACAACUACAAAGCGUACAUGAGGACGUCCAUAUCAGGGAACUGGAAAGCCAACACGGGGUCCGCCAUGCUGGAGCAGAUCGCCAUGACGGACAGGUACCGUCUGUGGGUGGACUCCUGCGCGGAGAUGUUUGGAGGUCUGGACAUCUGUGCCGUGAAGGCGGUCCACGGGAAAGAUGGCAACGACUACAUCAUAGAGGUGAUGGACAGUUCCAUGCCUCUGAUUGGUGAACAUGUGGAGGAGGACAAGCAGCUUAUCACAGAGCUGGUGAUGAACAAGAUGGCAAGUGUCCUCUUGGGAAUCACCACGCCACUGCCUUCUGCUGUCAAGACACAGCCUCAGAGCUCUCAGCCAAGAAGAGCCCAAGGGGGAAACCGCUCCGCCUCAGCCUCUCCAUCCCAGUCAGCCCAAGGUUCCCCUCAAAGAGCCCGCUCUGCCAGCACCUCCCCCAGCCAGGCCUUCCAGCCUGGCCCCAUCCCUGCCACCUCUGGCCCCGGGGCCCAGAAGCAGCCUCCUCAGCUGAAUAAAUCCCAGUCGUUGACCAACACCUUUAACAUCACAGACACAGUGAAGGGGAACCCCACAGAUGAUGAGGCCAAGGCAGAGACCAUCCGCAGCCUACGCCAGUCCUUCGCUAGCCUCUUCUCCGACUAACACCUUCUUCAAGACUCUUCCACCAGCAGCCAUGGCUCCAGGAGGGAGGCCCAGUCUGUCAUCACAGGUCUCACUCCAAACAGGAAGCACCUUCCACUUCCUGUUUCCUACUUCCUGUUUUCCACCCUGUUGCAUAUUUAUUGAAAAAAUGUCAGUUGGAAAGGUUCCGACAAUUAAAUUAGUCUGGAGUUUUGUGCAGGGCAUGGUGUAAUUGUUUUGCAUCUGUCCUGUUGUCAAAAAAGUGCCCUAGAAAUGUUUAGUAAGAUUAGCAUUUUUUUUAUAUUUUAAAGGGCACACGUGUUUUCCUCAUGUAGUUUGACUUUCAUGGCUUUCUGUUUUAGGCGAUAUCACAGUAUUUAGAAAUUAUAACUAAUUAUGUUGAUAGGUUCAAUAGCGAUGUCUAUCCUAUUGAUGGCAACAUAUCAAAAAUAGAACAAUUGCCAUAUCUAGUUGGCUGGCAAGUAGUUAUUGUAAUUCACCUGGGCCUAUGAUUACCAAAGUAUUUUUGAUAAAACCAGAAACCCAUUUUGUUAGGUCCGCCACAGUACCUGUACACAUGCAAUCUAAGGAGCCGCAGAUACUGUAAGAACUUGUCUUCCAUUACAGGAAAAUCUUUCCCCUGAAGCCAUUAGUAGUUACUACAUGACCUAUCUUUGUAAAUAGCACUACGUACAAUUAUCCAACAUCUGUUCGUAAGCCAGUGUUAUAACAUAGUUGUGGAAACCCAUAUUCCAUGUAAAAGGUAAAGAAUGUGUUUUUAUCGGAUAAUGAUUGUAACAGGGAAAAGUCCUCCAUAUGUAAUAAAGGCAAGUAGAACAGUAUCAAGCAGGUUCUGUUAAAGCGCUGGGAGCUAGAAGAGAUAUCUGAAGUCAAAGAUGACUCCUGGAAGGCAGGUAUCUGUGAAACAUCAUUACAUUAUCUUACUGUAAACUCUCCUACCAUGAAUACGAUAGAAUUGGGGCUUUCCUAAUCUAUUGAAAUGUCCUAUUGUACAACAGUGAUAAGUGCAUGACAAUGAAUUCAACGUAAAUAUGUUUAUGUAUCCUAAUCUGUUUGGAAUUGAAUAUGAAUGUCAUGGUUUUACCUCAUUGCAAUCAGUUUUCCAUGUCAAUCUCUUCUGGAAAAUGGCAGAUUGAUUAUAAUGACUGUGUCCAUUUUUUGGUGCAUUGCUUUGACGUACAGAAUACUUUAUUUUAGAAUUUAUAUUUGAAAUUUUGUGAGUAUAAACAUAGUUAUUUAAUUAUCUUAAUAACCACCUUCUUUGUCUUCAGAAAUUGUACUUGAAGUUGCACUAUGCUCUCUGGCUAGCUUCAAUAAUAGUAUUACUUUUAAGGAGGUACAAUUUAUACAUCGUGGAUUGUUUUUGUUGCACUCAACAACCCCAUUAAGGAAUUCUAAAUGUUUACAUUAUGCUGGAUGAUUUUUAUUUUACAGUUCUAGAUGUCAUUUCUUUUGCCUUGGACACUGUGUCACAAAGGACCAAAUUGCCUGUUAGACUUAAGACCAUUUAAAUAAUUAUCUAUUUUGUUUUAUUCUUGAUGAGAUUUGUCAACCACUUUAAGUAAUAAAUACUUCAGUAUGAAAAGCCAUAAAAAGCCAUGACGUACUGGGAAUAUGAUGUCGUUCUGGAGCAGUGAUGCCCUAUGAGGCUGUGACGUAAAUGGGUUCAUGUUUACUCUGGUUAAUUAUUCCUCACAUCACUUCUGCUUGUAUUACUCUGUUAUUACUGUUAUUCAUCAAUUGAUGAAUCCAAGUGUCUGUUGUCUUUUUUUUUUUACUCACAAUGUAGAGCCACAGAAAACGCUGAUUCAAAAUGGUGGGAAGGUCAUCCAGUAACUACCAAAAGUCCAGCA